UAACAAAGCGACUGCCACAGCAGUUCACUUCAUCAUAGUCAGUCGCCGCUGAAACAGAAUCAUUGUUUACGGUCGUGAGAAUUAUACGCUUAGACAAAACAAGGAUUUUGUGAUGGGGUAACAGUGUUAUAAAUACACAAUAUUGUUUCUGUUUUUCACGCCCUGCACCGGAAGUGUUUAGCGCUACCUGCGGUCAGCAGACCGUGGGUAUUGCUACUGAUCCGCAUGCGCGCUGUCGCGUCCCACCUUGUCACUUGGAGCUUUGUGGUAGCGAGGACAGUGGACGUAUGUAAACAGACUUUGGUCACCGGAUAUCUAAGCAGCUUUUUGUAGUAGUUGUUUAAAUCGGGAACUCUUCUGAUAACUCGUCAUUUAAGGAGAUGGUUCAACAAGGUUAGGACGCGAUUUGUCUACAAAAUCACUAUAUCAUCAUGACCAGCUCUGAUCACCUGUGGUGCGGACCCACCAACCAUACGGUGGACACGAACACAUCUUACGGAUGGGCAUUGCUCAACAAACUCAACGACGAGAAGGCCACUCUUUAUCUUCCGGUCAUCGUCUCUGUGGCCGUACUUAUGGUCAUUGGUACCGUCGGAAACAUUCUUGUCAUCUACAUCUACAACUGGAGAUUAAAACGGCGGUCUGCCAAUCUCUUCAUCGGCACCAUGGCCAUCUUUGACCUUUUGAGUUGUGUGAUCGCCAUGCCAGUUGAGAUACUGGACCUAAGCAAUCCUUACAUGUUCUACAGCGGCCCAAUCUGUAAGCUCUUCAGGUUCGCCGAGUCUGUCACUGUGUAUGGCUCAGCCAUUAUACUGGUGCUGAUAGCGUUUGAUAGAUAUUUCAAAAUUUGCAAGCCGCUGAGAAUACUACCAUUUUCUCGAAUCAAACUUAUGUGUGGCGUAGCGGGAUUUCUAGCAGUCAUCUUCUCUAUCCCGACCCUCGUGCUGUUUGGGAUCACGUGCUCGGACACGCCUGUGAUUGGUUUGCGCGGUUACGAUUGUUCCAUUGAUGAGGACUACAAGGGCCGUCCUUUCCAACAGGUCUACUUUACCGUACUCAUAGUCAUGUUCAUCACAGCGCUUUCGUGUAUGAUCGGGUUCUAUGUAAGACUAUGGAUAGAAAUUAAACGUCGUCGUGACACAGUUAUAUCUGAUCACGUGACUUCUCCAAAGUCACCAGCAGUAAAAAGGAAGUUCAAGGUCAGCAGGCAUAGCACGAGUGAUGACGAGUCAGGUUCAAAUAGUCAAACUAAUACGGAAAUGUUCAAAAAAUCUAAAAGACUGGCCAGUAUCGGAGAAACACCUCCUCAAAUAAAACUGAGCCGUACUACUCUCAUUUUUUUUUCUGUUAGCAUAGUUUUUAUUGUGAGUUAUCUCCCCGGAAUAGUAAUCAACAUCUUCAGAGCGGUGAAGCCAGAUUACAACUCGUCCAUGACACCGCGCGAGGAGGUCGUGAUGAAAUUAUUAACCAGGACUUACCUAAUCUCUAACUCUGCUAACCCUUUUGUGUAUAGUUUUCUCAAUACAAACUUUCGCUCACAGUGCAAAAGACUAUUCACUUCGGGUGUGUAUUGCUGUAAGCAGUCAAUGGAGAGAGAAACUUUUCCUGGUCUAAGUAAGAAGUGUAAAGAGUCUCAACAGAGUGGAUCAGAGAGAUGAUAACCGAACUCUGUAACAUUUUGUCAUAUAUUGCUUCAUUUUUAAUAAAAGGUAAAU